UGUGAUUAUGAAAAUAGAUUAAGGUAAUUUUUUUAACAAAAAUUUGGUUUGUUUAAAGAAAAAUCCUUUCAAUUGUGCGUUUGGGUAAGAAAAAUAAUGAAAAAGGGUGUGUUUUUGGGGAGUGAGCACGUGGCGAUGUAUGGUGGUGCGCCCAUGUAAGCUGCAAUGUAGUUUUAGAGGGGUAUACGAUAUACCGAAUAAGCUUUCAAUCCAGUCUAUCGUGGCGGGAUGGGACUUACUUCCAUCUUGGUUCAGAUUCUUUAGUAAGAAGCCGGCUAAAUAAGUGAGUUAAAAUAGAACGGAAAAAUUUAAAAAUAAAUCGCUUAGUUUAUAAAGUUACAAUGUGUUAGCUGGCCAUACGAGAAUAAAUAUUAUAACCCGGAAUGAAUUAGGUAUGAUGUAUUUAAGUGUAGGUUUUAUCCAAUCUUGCUAGUCUAGUAUGAGAGAAUGGCGAGUACCACCUAUACCAAACUCAUUAUGAAAAUCCGCAUUUUAAUUGAAAACUUUGGAGAUUAUGAAAUGUAGUAAUGCUGAUAAAUUUUUCUAGAAUAGCGAAAUUGUUCAUAGAACAAGUUUGUAACGAAGGAAGCAGACCUUAUGCGCGACAAUUUGUAAAUAAUAAAGUGCUUUACAAGACAAUGGCCGUACCUAGUCGAGCUAGAGUGUACUCUGAUGUUAAUUCUCAUAAACCCAGGGAAUAUUGGGACUAUGAAAGUUACGUUGUGGAUUGGGGCCAGCAAGAUGAUUAUCAGUUGGUUAGGAAGCUAGGACGAGGAAAAUAUAGUGAAGUAUUUGAAGCUAUUAAUGUAACAAAUAAUGAAAAAUGUGUAGUUAAAAUAUUAAAGCCUGUAAAAAAGAAGAAAAUAAAACGAGAAAUAAAAAUAUUAGAAAAUUUAAGAGGUGGUACAAAUAUAAUAACAUUAGAAGCUGUUGUUAAAGAUCCUGUAUCUAGGACACCUGCUUUAAUAUUUGAACAUGUCAACAACACUGAUUUCAAGCAGCUUUAUCAAACUCUCACAGAUUUUGAUAUUCGUUAUUAUUUGUAUGAACUACUAAAAGCUUUGGAUUACUGCCAUAGUAUGGGUAUUAUGCAUAGGGAUGUAAAGCCACACAAUGUUAUGAUUGACCAUGAAAAUAGAAAAUUACGUCUGAUUGACUGGGGCUUAGCUGAAUUUUACCAUCCUGGACAAGAAUAUAAUGUUAGGGUUGCUUCCAGAUACUUUAAAGGUCCUGAGCUUCUUGUAGACUAUCAGAUGUAUGACUAUUCUUUGGACAUGUGGUCUUUGGGAUGUAUGCUGGCUUCGAUGAUUUUUAGAAAGGAGCCAUUUUUCCAUGGUCAUGAUAAUUAUGAUCAGUUAGUCCGUAUAGCAAAAGUUUUAGGUACAGAAGAGCUUUUUGAGUACCUUGAUAAAUACCAUAUAGAGCUAGAUCCAAGAUUUAAUGAUAUUUUAGGACGACACUCUAGGAAAAGGUGGGAACGUUUUGUUCAUAGUGAAAACCAACAUUUAGUAUCACCUGAAGCAUUAGAUUUUUUGGAUAAAUUACUACGUUACGAUCAUUUAGAACGCCUUACAGCACGUGAUGCUAUGGAACAUUCAUAUUUUUAUCCAGUUGUAAAAGAGCAGUGCAGAAUGAUGUCGACUGUUUCAUCGUCCCCUACUCCUUUGACAGGAGUGGGUGAGUAGCAAGCCGGAAAAAUAUCACUUUUAUCAUUUUAUCAGCUGUCAUAUUUUGCCAUACACCAUUUAAAAUAUUGUUUCAUAAUUUUUUUCCACUGUAUUUAGUCAACAAGAUAUAUAAAUAUCCAUUUUAUACAAAAAAACAUUUUCAUUUUGUUUUUCCAAGUAGUUUCAAAUGACUGGCGCUUACAGUUCGAUAUCAUUGUAUUAUUUUAUUUAUAUCUGCAAAAUUCUGUAUACAGAAAUAAUGUACAUUAACUAUUUUUUUUUUUUUUUUUAAUUUUAGUUGUUACCAUUUUUAGUAACAAAAGUUAUUUGAAAUUGUCAUUUUUCCCUGUGUAAUAUAUUGUUAAAAUUAUACUAUUAUUUAAUUAUAACUUUUACAAUUUAAAUCAGAAUUAUUAGUAGCUCAAAUUAAACUCAAUAAAUCUGUAAAUUCCACAUUUAAGCUACUAAUAAUCUGUCACUUAUGGGUAUGUCCCACUACUAUGGCAAGUCCAAUAACUAACUUAUUGUAAUAUUUAAGCGUUUUCCUUUGAAGUAAUGUAUUUCUUAAGACAAGUGUAUUUUGACGAAUUUUACCUAAAAAUAUUGGAUACACUGGAGAAGUUAAAACUCGAUGCUUUUAGUUUUUUCUGUCCCUUUGGACUCUCCUUGCCAUCACCUUAGUCUGUAUCUAGGACUUGGUGAUCAAGCAUGGUGGCACUGCCCUCCUUUGGGAUCAUUGUGUCACCAUUGAAGAGUUCUACUUCAUAAUCAUUCACUGUGUCAACACAUACAUCACCACAUUAAAUUUUUAAAUGUCUACUCUCAAAUCGCUACAAGAGACCAGUAAUGUAGAAAAUUAAUGGAAGUAUAUAUGUGCUUUACUAGAAGUAGGUGAACUUGGAACACAACUGUGUUUCAUAUAAAAUAAUGGCAAUCACCGUUAAGAGUUGCCAUGUUUCAUUGUCUAAUUAAGGUUAUCAAUCGGGAUCAUUGUAGACCUACAACCAUGUGGAAUUCUAAAUAACACUAAUAAGCCUAGUAUUGAUGCUUUGGAAACCUCUACAAAGGCAUUUCUUUAUUGAAAUGUAUCUUUUAGUAGGUGGUGCCAAAUUUAGCUAUAAUUCAGACUGAAACUCAUAUCUGUAUUUGAAAAAAAAAUAAUUAAAAGCGAAAAUGAUCGUUAAUUUUAAUUAUAAUUGGAGUAUUUUGCAUGUAAAUACCUGUUUGUAUAACGUGCUUUCAUUUACAGGUUGAGACCAGAGGUUGAUCACUGACCUUUAUUCUUUAGCACUGCCAUUCAUACCAUGAUUAUAUGAUUAUUUUGAAAGAUAAACCUGUUUUGAAGCCACCUGAAAUCAAAAAUGACCUGGACAAAUCAGGCUACUUUAGGUUAAAACAUUUUUUUUAUAUAACAUUCCUUUUAUUGCAUUGUGUAUUUGAUAAUAAAUAGCUAACCUUAUAAAAUAAAGAAUUUUUUGAAUUUUUGAAAAACACUAAAAUUGUGAUAUUGGAACCCAAAUUUACUAUAAAUGUUCCUUUUCAUAAUUUUAUGGGAUUAUCUUUGUAAAAUAUUACCAGUGUUUUUUAAAAUUACUGUAUUUGUAUAUUAAAAUAAUGGCUUUAUUGGAGUUUGCUACAAUAAUGGGACAUCCGGUAUAGAAUAAUAUAUCAAUUAAAAUUGGAGACAAGUUUAUGUAAUUUAUGUUUAUGAUAAAUGUAAUAAAUAAAUAAAUAUGGUACUGUACAACUCUUACUGUACAAAGUAAUAAAAAUCUUUUGUAUAUUUUAUGAAUUAAAUCAAAUACCACCGUGAUUAUGUAUAAUCUUAAGUUUUCCAAAAAAAAGUGUUAUCACAUCGUUUAAGCAACAAAAUGUUUGACAACCUAAUUAAAAUGAUCAAUAAAUUGUUAAGUUCUGAC